AUGAAAAUUUGCCAUAUACUUCUCCUUUUUUUCUGCCAUACAUUCUGGAUUUCAGUUACCUUUGCUAAAAGGAAAUUAUCGGCUUCCUCUUUGGUUACUUGUAUGCCAAAUUCACAAUUGUCAUCGUCAAAAUUUAAUAUUGUGUUCAAUCCCGAUGACAAUUCUUUUAACUAUGAUUUAUCUUUAACAUCUGACAUUGAUGGUUAUGUAACUGCUCUUAUUCAAGUCUAUGCCUACGGUUUUGAAAUCAUUACUAGAACAAUUGAUAUGUGCUCAAUGGACUUUAAGCAGUUCUGUCCGUUGUAUCCAGGUCCUGUUGAUAUCGACUCCACUUAUUACUUAUCCUCUUCAGAUACCUCUGCUAUCCCUAAUAUAGCUUACACUGUUCCUGACAUUGACGCAUUUGUUAGGAUUUCAAUUCAGAAUUCAAAUCAAACUCAACUUGCUUGUAUUCAAGCAGCAUUUUCAAAUGGAAGGACUGUAUCUCAUACUGCUGUAAAAUGGGUAACUGCCUUAAUAGCAGGUUUUGGUUUACUCACUUCUUCGAUUUUGAAGAAUACUAUUUUCCAAAAAAAAGUAUCUCAUAUUUCCGCCAAUGCAGUUUCCUUAUUUAUUUAUUUUCAAAAUGUCGUAAUAGUCACAAUGCAACAUGUAGAUCAAGUUCCUCCCAUUGCUUCAGCAUGGUCGGAAAAUUUGGCUUGGUCAAUGGGUUUAAUUGAAACUCCAUUUAUGCAAAAAAUAUUUCGCUGGUUUAUCCAAUCAACUGGUGGAACCCCUACUUUAUAUCUUACUUCCAAUACAAUCUCAAUUCUUGUUCAAAGAGCAUAUAAUUUAUUUCGCAGAUAUUUUCACCUCAUGCCUAAGGAUCUCAUCAAAAUCGUUUCUAGAGAUGAUCCAGUUGUUUUAUAUGGAAAUAAAUAUUUGUUAAUUUUUAGAGGAAUUAGAAGAUUGGGUUAUUUAGCUCAUAUUGAAAAGACUUCAAUUGUCAUAACUGCUUUUACCUUUUUUGUUUUAUUUGCUUAUUUACUUACCUUCUCAAUUUUUCUAAUCAAAUUUAUUCUAAUCGCUCUCAUAAAGCUUAAUAUAAUUGACAAUCAAUCAAAAUCAAAUUUCAAUCAAAACUUUAAAUACAUUAUAAAAGGUUCUUUGUUGAGAUACAUUUUUAUUGGCUUCACUCAGUUAGUCAUUUUUUCUCUUUGGGAAUUCACUGAAAGGGAUUCACCAGCUGUUGUUGUUUUAGCAGCUUUAUUUUUAUUUUUAUCAUUUACUAUUUUGUGUUAUUCUUCUUUAAAAACCAUAUCAUUUGGUAGAAGAAGCAUCCAGCUCCAUAAAAAUCCAGCCUAUAUUCUUUAUGGUGAUCAGAAUGUCUUGCAUAAGUUUGGAUUCUUUUACACCAUGUUUAAUGCUCAUUACUAUUAUUGGGGAUCCGUAAUAUUAGUUUAUUCACUUUUGAAAUCAAUAGUUAUUGGAUUGCUACAAAGUUGGGGGAAAGUUCAAGCAAUUCUAACCUUCAUUAUUGAUUUGAUUUACUUGAUAUUGCUAAUAAAGUAUAAACCUUUUCUUGAUAAACCAACAAACGUUUUGAACAUAUUGAUUUCUGUUGUAACUACCAUUAAUGCUUUCCUAUUUAUUUUCUUUUCCAAUUUGUUUGGUCAGCCAGCUGCUGUCUCAUCAAUAAUGGGAUGGGUAUUUUUUAUUUUAAAUGCUGCCUUUUCUUUAAUCUUACUUCUUUUAAUUAUAUUUUAUACAUUUUCUGCUAUUUUCUCCAGAAAUCCUGAUGCUAGAUUUCAGCCAGCAAAAGACGAUAGAACCUCAUUUCAAAAGAAUCAUCCAACUACUGGUCAUGAUGCGCUUAAUGAAAAUGAUGCAAAUGAAGAAAGAGCAUUUGUUUCAGAAUUGUUUGCUCUAGGCAAAGCUGCUAAAGAUCACCAAAGCAAUUGGGCCGAGGAAGUUAAAAGCUAUGAA